AUGUCCCUUAUUCAUUGGAAAACUGAUUUACCGGAAGUGGAAAAGUUCCACUAUCUUAAGGGUUGUCUACAGGGUGAACCCAAGGCUCUGAUUGAUCCUAUCAAGAUUACCAAGACCAAUUACCAAAUCGCCUGGGAUUUGUUACUGAAAAGAUAUAAUAAUAGCAAGCUCUUACGGAAAAGACAAGUCCAAGGUCUGUUUCAGCUGCCUUCUUUGCCAAAGGAAUCCGUCAGUGAUCUGCAAGUUCUCUUAGAAGGAUUUGAGAGAAUUGUGCAGACUUUAGAUCAAAUCAUUCAGCCUGAAGAUUACAAGGAUCUUCUUCUGGUCCAUCUUCUCUCCUCGCGUCUCGAUCCUGCGACACGCAGAGGAUGGGAAGAAAGCUCCGCAGCUAAGGACCAAGAUGUUGUUCAAGAUUUGACGGAAUUCCUUCGCAGGCGAGUGCGUGUAUUGGAAUCUUUGCCAGCUAAGAUAGUGGAACCCAAGGCAGUUCAACCACAAUCAGUUUCAAGGUUUAGACAAUUUACUAAGGGUAGCUUCAGUUCGAUUCAAUCGUCUGGUAAAGCGUGUGUUGCUUGUCAGGAGGAUCAUCCGUUAUUUCGAUGCCAGGCUUUUCAGCGCAUGAAGAUUGAGGAUAGAGAAGGGUUGCUGCGAAGUCAUUCACUUUGCCGAAACUGCUUUAGCAAGAGCCAUAGGGCUAAAGAUUGCAAAUCAAGGUAUUCUUGUCGCCAUUGUAAGGGUCGCCAUCACAGUUUGGUUUGUUUUAACAUGGGUAAAGGAGAAUCCAGAAGUUCUAGAUAUCGGAAGGACAAUGCAGAAUCAAGGCCUCAUGAAUCGAUGGUUGUAUCAGAUCCGCAAGUGACAAACCUGGCAGCAACAGAUAUCCAGUCCUCCAACGCUGCCUCCCAACGCUCGUCGCAGGUUCUCUUGGCCACGGCUGUAGUCAUUUUGGAAGACGAUUAUGGUAAUCAAUACCCAGUAAGAGCUCUUCUAGAUUCUGGCUCGGAGAGCAAUCUUCUUACGGAGCGAAUGAGCCAACGAUUGAAAGCCACCAGAGAAAGGGUCGAAAUUUGCGUUAUUGGAAUAGGGCAGGCAGCAACCAAGGUCAAACAGAGGAUUCAUGCCACGGUUCGAUCACGAGUUUCACAGUUUUCACGAGUGAUGAGUUUUCUUGUUCUACCUAAUGUGACGGUUAACUUACCCACAACCACGAUUCGGACAUCAAGCUGGAGAUUUCCAGAUGGUAUCGAGCUGGCAGAUCCUUCGUUCUCCAUUUCUAGCGAGGUAGACAUCGUUCUAGGAAUUGAAGCGUUUUUCGAUUUCUUCCAUACUGGAGAAAGAAUUGAUUUGGGUGAUCAACUUCCUUCUCUGAACCAUUCGGUCUUUGGUUGGGUAGUCUGUGGAGGUUUACAAACUCCAAGGCAAGCCAUAGAAGUAAUCUCUAACACUUCUAUCACGGAAGAUUCUUUGGAAACUAUGAUGGCUCGAUUUUGGUCCUGUGAGGAGGUCGAUUCAGACAGUAUUCUUUCACCAGAGGAAGCUAAAUGCGAACAUUUAUUCUCCAAAACUGUAAAACGCGAGUCGGACGGAAGAUACACGGUUUCUCUGCCACGUAAUGAAAGUAUUAUUGACCAAUUAGGUGAGUCACAAGAGAUCGCUAGGCGACGGUUUCUGUCAACGGAGCGGAGACUUUCAAGGGACGAAAACCUUAGGAAGCAAUACCAAGAAUUCAUGGAAGAAUAUGUUCGUUUGGGCCAUAUGGAAAAGAUAGUUGAGUUGGAGAAUGAGUCAUGUCAGCAAUCAGUUAAACAGUCAGUUAAGCGUUGUUUUUUGCCACACCACCCAGUUGUUAAAGAGGCCAGUACCACAACCAAGGUCAGGGUCGUUUUUGACGCCUCUUGUAAAACUUCAACUGGAAUAUCGUUGAACGAUGGAUUAUUGAAUGGUCCUGUUAUUCAGGAUGACUUACGCUCGAUUAUUCUCCGCUGUCGAACCAAACAGGUCAUGGUUGUUGCUGACAUUGAAAAAAUGUUCAGGCAAAUCAGAAUUUCCGAAGCUGAUCGUCCUCUUCAAUCCAUUUUGUGGCGAUCAUCUCCCGAGGAGAAUAUAUCGAUCUUUGAACUGCGCACAGUCACCUACGGCACCAAACCUGCACCAUUUUUAGCCACUAGAACGCUGCAACAGUUAGCCACGGAUGGUAAAGGGGAUUUUCCUCUCGCAGCAAGGGCUGUUUUGUAUGACACGUAUAUGGAUGAUGUCAUCACUGGAUCGGAUACCGUAGAGGAAGCUAGUGAGCUGCAAGUUCAACUAGAUGCGUUGAUGAGUUCUGGUGGGUUUCGUUUGAGAAAAUACGCCUCAAACAGCCUUGAAGUAUUGAAGAACGUUACUGAAGAUAAUUUGGCAAUUAAAUGUUCGGAGGGUAUAAAUCUGGAUCCUGAUCCAUCGGUCAAGACAUUAGGUUUGACAUGGAUGCCCACGUCAGAUGUUUUCAGUUUUCAAUUCAGUAUUCCGGCCGUAGAAUCUAUUGAACCAUUAACAAAAAGGCGAAUACUGUCCGUUAUUGCCAUGCUUUUCGAUCCCCUGGGGCUUAUUGGAGCCGUUAUUGUGACUGCUAAGAUUUUCAUGCAGAAAAUUUGGAUGCUUAGAAACGAGAAGGAUCAACGACUGGAUUGGGAUGAUCCAGUUCCGUUGAGUUUUGAUGAAGCUUGGAGGAAAUUUCACCAGCAACUCGGUUUGCUAAAUGAGAUCCGAAUCAAUCGAUGCGUCGUUAUUUUCGACUCUGUUCUGCUUGAGAUCCACUGUUUUUCUGAUGCUUCAGAAAGGGCGUUCGGGGCUUGUGUAUACAUUCGUAGCCAAAAUUCUCAAGGCCAAUUGAAAACAACCCUACUAACCUCGAAGUCACGCGUAGCACCACUAAAAUCGCAAAGCAUUCCAAGAUUAGAGCUGUGUGGAGCUUUACUUGGGGCUCAGCUGGUAGCCAAUGUGAAAAAAUCACUCAAAAGCGAAGCCUCGACUUUCUUUUGGACCGAUUCUACAUGCGUUUUGCGUUGGCUCGCCUCGACGCCUUCAACCUGGACUACUUUUGUGGCCAAUAGAGUGAGCAAAAUUCAAUCAUUAACCGAAGGAUGUCAAUGGAACCAUGUUGCAGGAAAGCAGAACCCUGCGGACUUAAUCUCUCGUGGUAUUCUCCCCGAGGAGAUUCUUGGAAACGAGUUUUGGUGGAAUGGUCCAUGUUGGUUAUCGGAACGCAUGGAGAACUGGCCUAUGGCAUCGGUCAGCACGUUGGAAGAAGGAGGCGAAGAAGAAAGGAGGCACAAGAAUGUGAUACUUUUUCAACCGGACCGGACCGUAACCGGACAACGCAAGAAUCAGUCACAGCAAGCGACGAAAAAAAACACCCACGCAAUUCCCUGA